UGGGGCAAACAUUACUUACUAAAUGCUAGGCAUCCUUACCCACCUCCCAGCUGCAGUUUCCCCAACCUAGAAAGUGCACCCUAAUACUACUUAGGCCUGAAGGUUAUUGAGAAGAUUGAGUAUUUUAAUGUAGAUUUUAAAAAUCAUUGUGCCUGGCAGACUAGGUCCCACCCACUCAACAAAUACUAUAGGGCCCAGAGUCCCAAUUUGGCGGGCCCUAGCUCUAGGGAAGCAAGGUGUGGGACCCAACGUCAUCCAGCCCUCUGGGGUCCUUAUGUCCCACCGCUAAGAGGGUCCCACAGGUAGGCCUGUGCGUCUGGGUUUUCUGUCGGAGCCUCCCCGCCUCACUCGGACGCGUCCGCAAUUGCAGUUCGGAGCGGGCCGGGGCAGUGCGCCUGGCCCCGCCCUUGGGCCUCAUUAUCUACAUUUCCGCGUCAGGCCCGCCGCGAAUUUGGCAGGCCUCCCCGCGGUGUUCCGGAACACUUUGUGCCGAGCGCCGGCCGCCGGGCCCUCCUCCCUCCCACCCGAACCGCCGGGCCGGGACGCCCCGCGCGGUCCGCGCGGUUUGGGUCGCUGGGGCCAGGUAGCCGCACCCGGCGCAGCCACGGAGGCCCCACGCACUUGUCCUGGCUUCCCCCAACCCCGGGCCACUCAGUGCGCUUCUCGCCCACGGGCUGAGCGUCCAAACGUGGGUAAUACCACGCGUAAUCGAGAGGUUCAGAAAGAUGCUGUGGCCCAUUUUCCCACAAAGCCUGGUUAUUGGUGCUCGGUGGCUGUGCAUAUCGGUCCAGUGUCAGAUCCUCUAAGAGAGGCGUACAAUCAGUACCCAAAGGAAGUGUUUAGUCGGAUUGAAAAGACCUCGGCUCUGGAGCCAUCUGACCGGUUUUGAGACCCCCCCAGCUCUUUCCUGUCCUGGCUCCGUAGACUCAGUCACCUCCUCUGUGAAAUGGGGACAAAUGUGCAUUCUUGGUGACUCUGCACGUGGAGCGCGGCGGGUCGCAUGGACGUCAGUGCAUUGGUCUCGCACCUCCAGGACCCCACCUUCCUGAGGCCCCCACCCUGGCCUCAGCCCCGCCCCGGGGCGCCCGAGCUCACCGCGCGGCGCUGGCUCCAAAGUGCGUCACGGGCACCAGCCGCGCGCCUCCCGAGGCCAGGGCGAGGCUGGCAACCGGCCAGCGCAGGCCCGGCCAGGGGUGCCGGGCGGUCUCAGGGGCGGGGACCCGGGCUUGCAAGGCGCCCAAAUUGCGCGGCUCUCGACGCGCUGUUGGGGGGCGCCCUCCGCUGCUGGCAGCUCGCCAGGGACCCGCCUCUGCAGCCUCCGGGUGCGCGAAGGUUACACUUUCCCUUUGGCCCCCCUCGUUUCCUCCCGCGCGGUGGCAGCGGAGGUUUCCUCUCGGGGAAACUACGCGGAUCCUUCCCUGGGCUCCUUGCCCCGCCCCAGUUCUCCGCCCCCUCCCCUUUGCUGGGGAGCUGGUGUUGGCCCGCGCCAGAGCGGAGGCUCUGGGAGCCUGAGCCGGGAGGUGCCAGGGAGCCGCGGAGCCGCUGGCCACCAACUCACUCCGCCAUGUGACGCCAUCCUCCGCCCAGUGACCCCCCGCGUGCCCCGGGCCCGCGCCCGCGCUCCGCCGCGCCGCGCACCAUGCUCCUGCCGGGACCCGCGCGCCCGCCGCCCGCACCCCAGCCCGCGCAGCAUCCUGGCCUCCGCAGGCAGGUAGAGCCGCCGGGGCAGCUCCUGCGCCUCUUCUACUGCACUGUCCUGGUCUGCUCCAAAGAGAUCGCAGCGCUCACGGACUUCUCCGGGGGCUGCUACUGGGAACCAGUGAGUAGAACCAGGAACGAUUCUAUAUAUCCUACAAUGCACAAGACAACCCCGACCACAAGGCAUGAUCCAGUCCUCGUGAUGGGAUUGAGGACCACGGGGCUAGACCAUUUGGCUUGUCCUUGUUCAUUUUCUACACAUUUGGAAUCUGAAGAAGGUUACCUAACCAAACUCCUGCAAAACCACACCGCCUAUGCCUGUGAUGGGGACCAUUUGAAUCUACAGUGCCCUCGGCAUUCUACAAUAAGUGUGCAAUCGGCAUUUUACGGGCAAGAUUACCGAGCAUGUAGUACCGAGCAGCCUGCCUCCCAGAGAGAAGAUGGCUCAACCUGUGUGGCAUCCACCACGUUGCAGGUGUUGGACGAAUGCCAGAACCAGCGGUCCUGCCACCUCCUGGUCAAUAGCCGUGUAUUUGGACCUGAGCUUUGUCCAGGAAGCAGUAAAUACCUCCUGGUCUCCUUUAAAUGCCAACCUAAUGAAUUGAAAAACAAAACUGUGUGUGAGGACCAAGAGCUGAAACUGCACUGCCACGAAUCCAAGUUUCUCAACAUCUACUCCGCGACCUACGGCCGGAAGACCCAGGAGAGGGACAUCUGCACCUCAGAAGCAGAGUGGCUGCCCCAGUUUGACUGCUUGUCCUACUCAGCUUUGCAAGUAUUGUCCAGGAGGUGCUACGGGAAGCAGAGAUGCAAAAUUCUUGUCAACAAUCACCAUUUUGGAAGCCCCUGUCCGCCAGGAGUGAAAAAAUACCUCACCGUCACCUAUGCAUGCGUUCCCAAGAACAUACUCACAGCAAUUGAUCCAGCUAUUGCUAAUCUGAAGCCUUCUCUGAAGCAGAAAGAUGAUGAAUAUGGUAUAAACUUUGACCCAAGCGGAUCAAGGGUUCUGAGGAAAGAUGGAGUUAUCGUUAGCAACUCUCUGGCAGCGUUUGCUUACAUUAGAGCCCACCCUGAGAGAGCUGCCCUGCUGUUCGUGUCCAGUGUCUGCAUCGGUCUGGCACUCACAUUGUGCGCCUUGGUCAUCAGAGGGUCCUGCACCAAAGACUUCCGGGAGCUGCAGCUGGCGAGAGAGCACCUGGUGCCAGGAAGUGACAAGGCCGAGGAGGACAGUGAGAAUGAAGAGGGGGAGGAGGACUCUUCUAGCUCCGAUUUUCCGGGGGAGCUGUCAGGGUUCUGUCGGACUUCAUAUCCCAUCUACAGUUCCAUAGAGGCUGCAGAGCUGGCAGAGAGGAUUGAGCGCAGGGAGCAAAUCAUCCAGGAAAUAUGGAUGAACAGUGGUUUGGACACAUCACUCCCACGAAACAUGGGCCAGUUCUACUGAAAAUCAGAUGCAUCUUGAUGUGAUUACAUUUUCUGAAGAGAAAAGGGAAGGAUCCCAAGUGCCCCUCUGGUUCUGUUUCACUUGUACCUUCUAUGAAGGAGAAUUUUUCACGUCAUCUGAUACUGGUGAAGCCAGAAAGCUAUUAAAGGGACAUUUCAAACUGUUUACAGCACAUUUCAAAAUAAAUUAGGAGGGAAGAAGGGUUUGUUUUCUAUAUUUAUUUAAAUUCAUGUCUAUAAAUUAACAUAAUUACAAUUCACAUUUAUUGAGCGCUUAUAAUGCCAGGCACUGUUCUAUUCUCACUGCUUUUCACGUAUUUAAUCCUCACAACAUCCCCAUUUCAUACAUGAGUAAACAGAAGAU